AUGAUCACAGCACCUGCGUUAAACAUUACCUCUCCCUCUGGACGCUGUGCACAUCACCACGACAUGUCUGAGCCCGAAAAGCACCAGAGCAAACAGAGUCUGGUCUCAGACACUGACACAGACGUCGAGGACCGCGACAGCCACCUCCAACACUAUCGGCCCCGUUCCCGCCCAAGGCCUUUCUGGCGGCGGCUAUGGCUGGACUCACUAUUCUUUGUGGCCAUCUUCCUCGCCACUCGAGCCUACUACGUACAUCCGUCAUGGAACAAACGUCUCGAAAUGGCAGAUGUGUAUUCUCCCCUAUAUCGAGACUUCGACCAACUUCACGUCGACCAGGUCUUAACUGGCGAGGAGCUCUGGUCCAAUGGGAGCAAUCCAUACCGCCAAGACCCAUCACCUGCCGUAGACGAUGCAUGGCAUAAACUCAGUCAUCCGAAAUAUAUGCUCGUGACGGAGGAGGAACUCAUCAAGAUGGGAAAGCCGAUCGAGCCCGUUGUACGAUGGCCCGACGAACCUGACAAGUUCCUCAUGCACCUGAAUGGUCCUCAUGUAAUGCACUGUCUGGAUGUGCUCCGUAGGAACGCAUAUCACAAUUUCCCGCAUUAUCACAAGGAUGACGAGACCCUGAACGCCAUCCACUGGACCCACUGGGGGCAUUGUCUUGAGAUCAUCCGCCAAGAACUGCACUGCAGACCCUCCAUGCAUCUGAACAGCAUGGUCUGGCAAGAGGGCCAGGAAGUCUUCUACCCGGAUUUCCACACUCAGAAGAGAUGUGUACGCUGGGAUGACCUUGAGGAGAUGUUGUCACGGAGGAUAAUUCCUUUCGAGGACAUGUUGUAUGCAGCAAAGCACUACCUGAAGCCUGACGAUGCGGUGCAGCGCCAUACACCGGCGGAGGGAUGGGAGGUGAUUGAUAGAAACCAUGAGUGGAUUACGAAGAUGACUGAGAAGGGGUACAAGAUUACGGGUGACCAUUGA